AAUAAAAUAAAUAAAAUACCAGAAGUGUAUUCAUUCGCACAGGGUUUCCCCCAAAUUCAUCAUAUUCCAAACACAGAAUCUUGGUCAUUACAGUUGUAUAAUUUUCGCGCAUUUUGUGCUCUGAAACCCUAAAUUUACAAGAUCGGUAUUGUUUUCAGAGGAUGAGUAGUUUAGUUGAGAGACUUCGUGUUAGAUCAGACUCGAGGCCGCGCUAUAGUUUGGAUGAAUCUGACGAUGAUUCAGACCUCCUGCUUGGUAAAUCUAAGAAAUCAGAGCAAUUUGAGAAGAUUGUCAGAGAUGAUUCGAAAGAAGAUUCGUGUAAUGCGUGUGGUGAAUCAGGGAACCUGCUUGUAUGUGAAACGUGCACUUACGAGUACCAUCCUAAGUGUUUGCUACCUCCUCUUAAAGCACCUCUUCCUGCCACCUGGAGGUGUCCAAAAUGUGUUAAUCCUCUGAAUGACAUAGAUAAGAUUUUGGACUGUGAAAUGCGUCCUACUGUUGCUGAUGAUAGUGAUGCCUCCAAGCUGGGCUCAAAGCAGAUAUUUGUGAAACAAUAUCUUGUUAAAUGGAAAGGACUAUCUUAUCUCCACUGCACAUGGGUGCCUGAAAAAGAGUUUAUAAAAGCUUACAAGGAACUGCCUCGUCUAAGGACAAAAGUUAACAAUUUCCGGAAGCAUAUGCCUGUGGGCAACAAUGCAGAAGAUGAUUUUGUCGCCAUCAGACCAGAGUAUACAAUGGUUGAUAGGGUUCUUGCUUGCAGGCAAGACGAUGAAGAAAAAGAAUAUUAUGUUAAAUGGGUAGGACUUAACUACGACGAAUGUUAUUGGGAAUCAGAGUCAGAUAUCUCAUCAUUCCAACAACAAAUUGAAAAUUUUAAUAGACUUCAGUCUAAAUAUCGCAAACAAAGGAAGCAAAAAAGCAACAUUCAUGAUUUGUCUGACCCCAAAAAGAAAUCGAAAGAAUUUCAGCAGUUCGAAAAAAGUCCCGAAUUUCUUCCUGGAGGUGAGCUACACCCGUAUCAGCUUGAGGGAUUAAACUUCUUGCGUUUUUCAUGGUCUAAACAAACACAUGUGAUACUUGCUGACGAGAUGGGUCUUGGAAAAACGAUACAAAGCAUUGCUUUUCUAGCCUCUCUAUAUGAAGAAAAUGUCGGCCCGCAUUUAGUAGUAGCUCCACUUUCUACAUUGAGGAACUGGGAGCGUGAAUUUGCCACAUGGGCACCUCAUAUGAAUGUUGUUAUGUAUGUUGGAACAGCUGCUGCUCGUCAGGUAAUUAAAGAAUUUGAGUUUUAUUUUCCCAAGUCUCAGAAGAAGGAUAAGAAGAAGAAGUCAAGCGGGUCAGGUGAAAGUAAGCAAGACAGGAUAAAAUUUGAUGUGCUAUUGACAUCUUAUGAGAUGAUUAACAUAGAUAAUGGGUCAUUGAAGGCAAUAAACUGGGAGACCAUGAUAGUGGAUGAAGGCCACCGUCUUAAGAAUAAGGAUUCUAAGUUGUUUUCUGCGCUAAAGCAGUUCAACACAAGACAUCGUACGUUACUGACUGGAACCCCUCUUCAGAAUAAUUUGGACGAGCUUUUCAUGCUUAUGCACUUUCUUGAUGCCGGGAAGUUUGCAAGUUUGGAGGAGUUUCAGGAAGAGUUUAAGGAUAUUAAUCAAGAAGAGCAGGUUUCCAGGCUGCAUAAGAUGUUGGCCCCUCAUCUUCUAAGAAGAGUGAAGAAAGAUGUCAUGAAAAAGCUACCACCUAAAAAGGAGCUCAUUUUACGUGUGGAGUUAAGUAGCAAGCAGAAAGAGUACUACAAGGCAAUUUUGACUCGUAAUUAUCAGUUAUUAACUCGCCGAGGAGGGGGUCAGAUUUCUCUAAUUAAUGUGGUUAUGGAACUACGCAAACUUUGUUGCCACCCAUUCAUGCUGGAGGGAGUUGAACCGGAAGACACCAAUGAGUUCUACAAACAACUAUUGGAGACCUCUGGAAAAUUGCAGUUAUUGGACAAAAUGAUGGUGAGGCUAAAAGAGCAAGGACAUAGGGUCUUAAUAUAUACACAAUUUCAGCACAUGCUGGAUUUGCUUGAAGAUUAUUGCAAUUACAAGAAAUGGCUUUAUGAGCGUAUUGAUGGAAAAGUUAGUGGUGGGGAACGACAAGUUCGAAUUGAUAGGUUCAAUGCUGCCAAUUCAUCAAGAUUUUGCUUUCUGUUAUCUACCAGAGCCGGUGGUCUUGGCAUAAAUCUUGCCACUGCAGAUACAGUGAUUAUUUAUGACAGUGAUUGGAAUCCGCAUGCCGAUCUACAAGCUAUGGCUAGAGCUCAUCGUCUUGGACAGAAAAAUAAGGUAAUGAUAUUUAGACUUAUAACGAGAGGGACAAUUGAAGAAAGGAUGAUGGAGAUGACCAAGAAGAAGAUGGUCUUAGAGCAUUUGGUGGUUGGCAAGCUAAAAAAUCAGAAUAUUAACCAGGAAGAGCUUGAUGACAUCAUAAGAUAUGGCUCAAAGGAAUUAUUUGCUGAUGAAAAUGACGAGGCUAUGAAAUCGAGACAAAUUCAUUACGAUGAUGCUGCAAUAGAUAGAUUGCUUAACCGUGAUUAUACUGAAGAAGAAGAAAAUGCUGCAAUGGAUGAAGCUCAAGAAGAUGGCUUUUUGAAAGCAUUUAAGGUGGCGAAUUUUGAGUACAUUGACGAGGCAGAUUCAAGAAUGGAAGAGGAAGUGGAAGAGCCCUUAUCGGAGAACAAAAGUGGUGCAACUAAUCCAGAAAGGUCAAAUUAUUGGGAAGAGUUGCUAAAAGACAGAUAUGAAGAGCACAAAGUUGAAGAAUUUAAUUCCAUGGGAAAAGGAAAAAGAAGCCGUAAGCAGAUGGUGUCUGUUGAAGACGAUGAUCUUGCUGGAUUGGAAGAUGUAAGCUCUGAUGCUGAUGAUAAUUAUGAGGCAGAGUUAUCUGAUGGGGAGAAUUCCGCCGGAACAACACCUGUUAGAAAGCCUAACAGAAAGAAAACACGUGUUGACAAUGCCGAGCUACUUCCCUUGAUGGAAGGUGAAGGGAGAGCCUUCAGAGUACUUGGUUUCAAUCAAAGUCAACGGGCCCAAUUUGUUCAAAUCUUGAUGAGAUUUGGGGUUGGAGACUUUGAUUGGGCCGAAUUUACUCCACGCUUGAAGCAGAAGAGCUAUGAGGAAAUUAAAGCUUAUGGAACUCUCUUCUUGUCACACAUUUCUGAAGAUAUCACUGAUGCAGCGACAUUUUCAGAUGGUGUUCCAAAAGAAGGGCUAAGAAUAGAGGAUGUUCUUGUCAGGAUUGCAGUCUUACUUCUUGUUAGAGAUAAAGUGAAGGGUCCAGAGAAUGCAACUGCACCCCUUUUUACGGAUGACAUCAUAUAUCGGUAUCCUGGAUUAAGAGGUUUAAAAUUCUGGAAGGAGGAGCAUGAUCGGACCCUACUCCGUGCUGUAUUGAAGCAUGGUUAUGGAAGAUGGCAAGCUAUUGUUGAUGAUAAGGACUUGAGGAUUCAAGAAGUUAUCUGUCAGGAGUUGAAUCUCCCCAGUGUAAACCUGACAGUUUCUGGAGCUUCUCAACCUCAGUUUAGUGCCCCUGGUGGCAGUCUUGAUGGUCAGACAGCUACUCCUGGAGUUUCUCAGCCACAAGAUUCUGCUGCUGCAAAUAAUGCUCUAUAUCACUUCAGAGAGAUGCAGAGAAGAGUUGUAGAGUUUGUCAAGAAGCGAGUCCUACUUCUUGAAAAAGGACUAAAUGCCGAAUAUCAAAAAGAGUACUUUGGUGAUGAAAAACCCAAUGAGAAUCGAACCGACGAUAUGGAGACUGAACAAAAGGUUGUAGACAGACCAACCGCAAACCACAAUGAAACAUCUUCACAGUUGAUUAGUCAAUUGCCUAAAAUUGAACUUAUAUCCCCAGAAGAAAUAUCGGCAGCUGCCUUUGAUGAUAAAACCGAUCGUCUGGCCAUGGUCCGCCUUUAUAAUGAGAUGUGCAAGGUAGUUGAAGAAAAUGCACUUGAUUCUGUAGAGUCGUAUAUGGCCAACCAAUCUGCAACUUUUAACCUGAAAAAGAAUCUUCAACCACUAGAAACGAUUCACCAAGAAGUCUGCAAAAUCCUAACACCUAUAAAAACUGAAAAUGAGAAAAGCAAUGGCAACGUGGCUAGUUCAAGUCCACCUCAGCGUAAAACCGGUCCAGCCAAUGGGACUGCAAAUACUGAUGUGGCAAUGGAAGAUAGAUUACCCGAUGCAGAUGGUCACGAUAAGUCAAAUGAGAAAAGGCAAGGGGACGGUGUCAUUGUUUUGGAGUAGUAAAACAUGUAAAUUGUCAAUUAUUCUGAGUUGUGAAGUUUUAUACAAAGUGGGGUUAGAUCUCAUUGUGCCAUGACAACCGUUUACUACUAAUCAAAGAUUUUUGAGAAUUAGGAGGGUGUGUAAUUUAUUGACUAAGGAGACAUUGAUGUUGUUAAUUUGAUAGUUGACUUGGUCUUUGACCACAGGAACUAGUACAUUAUGCAAGGUGUUAACGCACUAUUAAUGUUAUAUUGAAAUUUAUUAUGACA